GGUGCAAUCGCUCAACGCUGGCGAAAGUGGAUCAAACGUCUUGAAAAUCUGUUGGUCGCUGCUGCCAUCACUGAUAAGAAAAGACAGCGAGCUUUGGUUCUUUACUACGCCGGAGAAGAGGUGUGUGAGAUUUUUGAAACUUUAGUGGAUACAGGUGACGAUUUUACAACGGCGAAAGAAAAGCUCACGGAAUAUUUCGAUCCGAAGAAGAAUGUCGAGUAUGAAAUUUACACGUUUCUGCAAGCCCGACAAAACCCAGACGAGUCCAUGAAUGCAUUUCACUCUCGUUUGCGUCAAUUAUCUGCUACUUGUGAAUUUGAUGACGUCGACAAGGAAAUUAAAUCGCAGAUUAUUUUAUCCUGUUCAUCACAGCGUUAUCGUCGCAAGGCUUUGAGAGAUACGACCAUGACACUCGAGACCUUAUUGAAUGAGGCACGAGAUCUGGAAAUCUCGGAAACACAAGCAAAGGAUAUCGAAUCGUCGGGAAAUGUGGCUAACGCUGUGCUUCCUACUCCAUCACAGCCGAAGAAAAAUUGUUUCAAUUGCGGUGGAAUUUGGCCACACGACUCGAAGACGGAUUGUUCCGCGCGAAAUCGCAAUUGCAGCGGCUGUCAUAAACAUAUGGUCACUAUGCGAAAUGCUCCACACAAAAGUUACGUGAGACCCGAAAUUCCCGAAAAGGCAGGCAGCCCCGUGGACGUGGUAAUCCCAAGGAAAAGAAAAAACAAAAUGUUAACCCAUUGGAAGCCGAAUGUGAGGAACGUGAGGCCUCGUCAAGCUCUGAUGACGAGUAUACAUUCAGGUUAGAAGUCCCCUCCUCAAAGGUCGGUGCUCCUUUUGUCUCUUUGAAAGUGAACGGUGCUGUGUGCAAGUUCUUGGUAGACUCUGAGGCAAGUGUGAACAUCGUUAGUUCCCAUGCAGUUAAAGUUUUUGGUGUCGAUCUGCAACCCUGCGGUACAAGGGUCUAUGCCUUCAAUUUAUCUGCCCCGCUUCCCGUGAUAGGCAAGUUCUCCGCCCUCAUUGAAUCAAAGUGUAGUGCAGUCGACGCUGAAUUUCUUGUGGUGGAGAGUGAAACUUCUCUUCUGGGAUACACCACGGCCACAGAGUUAGGAAUCCUUCAGAUUGCAAAUGCUGUAUCAGUGGAGAAAAACGUAUUCUAGCUGUACCCUAGUCUGUCCUCUGGUCUUGGAAAAAUGAAGAAUGUUGAAGUUAAGCUGCAUAUCGAUGUAAGUGUGAGUCCUGUUCAUCAAACACAUCGAAGAAUUCCUUUUCACCAACGCAAAUGCCUAGAGGCUUGUCUAGAGUCCUUGCUUCAACAGGACAUAAUUGAGCCUGCUGUUGGUCCAACCUCCCUGGAUGUCUCCCGUUGUCUUAGUCCCAAAGCCAAAGCAACCUGGUGGUGUUCGUUUGUAAGUAGAUAUGCGUGA